ACAGUUCGAGUGUUUCAUCCAACUCUUCUCAGCUCACUCAUCUGCUGUUGGCUGAAUGAAUCUUCGUGAACGAAUCGUUCAAACGUGAUCCAUUUGUUUCACGAAUUGGACAUUUCGCGUACAUACUGGUUGGGAUCUGCAGGAUGGUCACCUGAAAAUCAAACAUGAGAUUCUUUCGCCGGAAAAUAGCGAUCAUAGUUGUUUUGGCUUAUGCGAUAUUUUCACUGUACGCCGCGUAUAAUGUGUUUUUCAACAAGAGGGUUAUUUCUCGCGUUCAUCGAGUAGUGAAAAAGGGCACUGUGAUUUUAGAUAAUGGAAAAGGAGGAGAGGAAGAGUGGAACCCAUGGGAAGAGGAUGAGCGUGCACAGUCCUUAGUUCAGCAAAAGCGAAGAGAUGCCUUUAGAUCAUACCAAGAUCAUGUUGCUAAAAACAGGCCAAAAACAUAUAAAGUUCAGAUCUGGGGCAAAGCAGCAAUUGGACUUUAUUUGUGGGAACAUAUUUUAGAAGGGCCUCUCAUCCCAGCGGACAAAUCCAGCCAAUGGAGAGAAGGAGAGAUUCAGUCUGGGAAGAUCAAUUUCAGUUUCUACACAGGGCCAGCGGUGGUCCAAGGGCAUGUUUCUCUGGACACAGACAGUGUGGUGCUGGUUUUAAAUGGCCGUGAGCAGCAGAAAAUCUCCUACUCCAUCCAGUGGCUUCAGCAUGUCCAGGGUCUGGUGCAGGCCCGCACUGUCUCUCGGGUUGCUGUGGUCCUUUUGGGAAACGAGCGGUGCAAUAACGACUGGAUCAGUCCUUACCUAAAGAGGCACGGCGGGUUUGUGGACCUGCUCUUUCUUGUGUAUGACAGUCUUUGGGUCAAUGAUAAAGACAUCUUUCAGUGGCCCCUGGGUGUUGCCACGUACAGGCAUUUCCCAGUAGUCACACUUAGCGGUCAGAUGGUGAAAAAUGUAAGACCAUACCUCUGCAACUUUCUUGGGACUAUCUACAAAAACUCAUCCAGGGAAACUCUGAUGGGCGUCCUAAAGAAUGGCUUGGAGAAAGAUUGCCUCAUGCAUGUUAGAGAGAAGUGGCUUCCUCAAGAGACUGCAGACACCUCCAGACAGUACCAGAUGGCAUUAGCGCAAAGUGACCUCACUCUUUGUCCAGUGGGAGUGAACACAGAGUGCUACCGCAUCUACGAAGCCUGCGCCUAUGGCUCUGUGCCCGUGGUGGAGGACGUCCUGACUCCAGGGGCCUGUGCAGUUGGUAACCGGUCCCCGCUCCGACUGCUUAAAGAUGCAGGAGCACCCUUCAUCUUCCUCAAGGACUGGAGAGAGCUGCCUGCCAUUCUGGAAAGGGAGAGAGGGAUGAACCAAAAAGAAAAAACAGAGAGGAGGAUGAGACUGCUGGAGUGGUACAGUGGCUUUCGUCAACAGAUGAAGGACAAAUUCACAGAGGUAUUGGAGGAAGCCUUUUUCAAAAUCACCUAGGAUUAGUCAAUACAGUCUCACAUAAGAAUUCAAAAGACAGCGAGCAGAUGCUAUGCAUCAACAUCCGUUUUGAUUGUCACUUAUUUUUGGAGCUGUUCAUUCAUUUGGUUUGUAUACAUUGAUGUUUUACUUGUUUAGUUGUUCUUAUACAUGUGAAAUAAAAAAUGCUACUGUAUGUUAAUAUAACAUGGUUCACCAUAUGCUGCUGUGCGUUAAUGCCCUCCAUGUUUACUUUAAAAUAUUAAUUUAUUAAGUCAAUGAAAAUAAAAAAUGGUACAGUUUUUUUAUGUUGUAAUCUUGCUGGGUUAUGUAAACAGAUAUUUAACAUUGUUAACAUUUCUGAAGGUGUUUUUUGCUUUCAGCUCAGUGCAAAUUAAUAAAAGAACUUAAUUUUACUUUUAACCUGCCUGUUUUUUUUAAUUUAUCAAGCAUUUAGACUUGCAUACUGUGCUGAAGUGGAUGUAAAAUCAAAGUUACAAAAAUGGUUAACUAAACUACCUGUUAUAUUUGUCAGAACAUUACCAUGAAUUACCAUUACCAGUGACAGCUUUUCAGACAUUUUGGUGAUUCUAUAUCAUAAUGUUUAUAGCUGUAUACAUAACUACAUUACUGCAUUAAUGUACCAACAUGUAGCGACUAAUGUAGUCUGAUUCCCAAAUGAAUGAUGGUUAUGAUCCGGUUCUUUUUAGUGAAUCAAAACCUUUCCCGAACUGUAUUAAGUGAGUUGCUGUACUCCUACCCCACAUAUAAUGUUCUACUGCUAUUUAUUUACUUCAUCAAUCUGAUCAUUUAUUAAUAUAUAGAGUUUAAUUUAUCAUGUUCAUCAACA